AUGGCUUCCACUUACAUUUCUAACCUCCUCUUCUUCUCUUCUCUCCUCCUCCUCAUAUGCUCCUCCUCCGCCCAGUCCUCCGGUGCCGCCGUCUGUAACGACACCCCAUACCCAUCUUUCUGUCGAACAUCUCUCCCGAUCAACAACUCCUCCGCCAACCUCCACGACUAUGGCCGUUUUUCCAUCCGUAAAUCCAUCGCCACCGCCACCAAAUUCUCAAACGCCAUCGAUAAAUACCUUACCACCACCUCCGGUUUGACCAUGGCUGCAAUCCGUGCACUUCAAGAUUGCCAGUAUUUGGCCCGAUUAAACGUUGACUUCCUUUCAAACACUUACCAAACAGUCAACGCCGGCCAGACCUCCCUUCCGGCAACCAAGUCGGAAGAAGAUCAGACGAUGCUUAGUGCCAUUUUGACCAAUACCCAGACGUGCAUAGAUGGCCUGCAAGCCAAUGCUGCUUCUUGGACCUCCAAAAAUGACAUCGUGGCUACCAUGCAAAAUGAUGACAAAUUGUUUAGUGUUUCACUUGCCCUUUUUAACAAAGGAUGGGGAGGUAAAAGAUCCAGUUUCGGCUUUUCGAAUAACAAACAUACCGGAUUCAAAAACGGACGGUUGCCACCUUUUAAAAUGUCUGAAGAAUCGAAGGCGGUGUUUGAGACGGUUGGUCGGAGAAAGCUUCUUCAGGCGGGUGCCGCCGGAAAUCAGGUGGUUGUAAGCAAUAUCGUGGUGGUCAGGCAAGACGGCUCUGGGAACUUCACCACCAUUACUGACGCCAUUAACUUUGCUCCCAACAAUUCUGCCUCCUCUGCCGGCUAUUUCCUGAUUUAUGUGACCGCCGGUGUGUAUGAAGAGUACGUCAACAUUCCCAAGAACAAAAAGUACCUGAUGAUGAUCGGAGAUGGUAUUAAUCAGACGGUGAUUACCGGAAAUCACAGCGUCGCCGAUGGCUGGACGACUUUCAAUUCAGCAACAUUCAUCGUGGUGGCUCCCAACUUUGUGGCGGUCAACAUAACCAUCCGGAACACCGCCGGAGCAGUAAAACACCAAGCCGUCGCAUUAAGAAACGGCGCCGACUUAUCGGCGUUCUACCGUUGCAGCUUCGAAGGGUAUCAAGACACACUAUACACACAUUCCCUCCGUCAAUUCUACCGAGAAUGCGACAUUUCCGGCACCGUCGACUUCAUAUUCGGAAACGCAGCCGUCGUGUUUCAAAACUGUAACAUGUAUCCACGGUUACCAAUGUCCGGCCAAUUCAACGCCGUCACAGCUCAGGGAAGAACCGAUCCCGGCCAGAACACCGGAACUUCGAUUCAAAAGUGUAACAUCCGGCCAGCUGAUGAUUUGGCGUCGAGCGGUGGUUCAACGAAAACGUAUUUGGGGCGGCCAUGGAAGGAGUAUUCUCGAACAGUUUACAUGCAAACUUUUAUGGAUUCGUUGAUUACUCCGGCGGGAUGGUCGAUAUGGUCCGGUGAUUUUGCAUUGAAUACUUCGUAUUAUGCCGAGUUUAAUAACUCCGGGCCGGGAUCGGAUACUAGUCAGAGAGUUACUUGGCCGGGAUUUCAUGUUAUCGAUGCUACGGUUGCGGUUAAUUUCACGGCAUCGGUUUUCAUCCCCGGCGAUGACUUUUUGCCUCAGACCGGUGUGCCUUAUGAUGGUGGGUUAUGAUCUCAUAAUUGAAUU